AUGGUCAACCCCACCAAGUUUUUCCACAUGUCUGUUGACAUCGAGCCCUUGGGCCACGUCUCCUUUGAGCUGUUUGCAGGCAAAGUUCCAAAGACAGCAGAAAAUUUUCAUGCUCUGAGCACUGGGGAGAAAGGAUUUGGUUAUAAGGGUUCCUACUUUCACAGAAUUACUCCUGGGUUUAUGUGCCAGGGUGGUGACUUCCCACACCAUAUUGGCACUGGUGGCAAGUCCAUCUACAGGGAGAGGUUUGAUGAUGAGAACUUCAUUCUGAAGUAUACAGACCCUGGCAUCUUGUCCAUGGCCAAUGGUGGACCCAACACAAAUGGUGCCCAGUUUUUCUUCUGCACUGCUAAGACUGAGUGGUGGGCUGGCAAGCACAGGGUCCUUGGCAAGGUGAAAGAGGUCGUGAAUAUUAUGGAGGCCAUAGAGAGCUUUGGGUCCAGGAGUGGCAAGGCCAGCAGGAAGGUCAUCAUUGCCAACCAUGGACAAGUCUAA